AUGGAUUCACAAACUCCUCAAUCUGGUUACUACACUAAUCUUAUAACUGAAGAUGAUCUUGAGUUUAAAUGCACAAAUGAAAUUAGUGAACAGCAACAGGCUUCGCCCGAAGUUGAGGUUGAACCUACUAUUAAGAAAUCGUGCCGGGGUAGCAACUUCACCAUUAUCGAUGACAAUUUGCUUGUGGAGGCAUGGCUUUAUGUUUCUAUGGAUGCCGUUCAAGGAAAUCAACAAAAACAUAAGAUUUAUUGGAAAAGAAUUUGUGACUACUUUAACGAACACAAGACACAUGGAGCCAACCGUAAUCAGACAUCUCUAAUGAAUCGAUGGUCAACGAUUCAACUUGCAGUAAAUAAGUUUUGUGGCUUCUUAGCCCAAAUUGAAAAGAGGUCACAAAGUGGCUUGACUGAGCAAGACAAGAUUGGCCAGGCAAGACUAAUGUAUUUAGAUAUUCAAAAAUCACCCUUUCACUUUGAACAUGCUUGGCUUAUUUUGAGAUUUCAUCCAAAAUGGGCGGCUCAUAUGGACAAUGUAAAACUGAAGAAAAAAUUAGCUGUGAUAAAUCUAGGUGAUGAGGAAGCUUCUCCCAAAGGUUUUGAAGUCGAGCGACCAAUAGGCCGAAAAGCCGAAAAGGAGAAACGGAAGAGCAAAGAAAAAUCGAAUCCAAGUGUUAUUGCGAUACUAAGUGACAUGAAUGAAGACAAGAAGAAGAAAAUAAAAUUGUUGGAGGAAGCACGUGAGCAAGACAAAGCGAAGUUUAUUCUUAAGCAAGAAGAAGUGCGCCUUAAAGAGGAUGAAUUGCGUCUUAGAGAAAAAACGUUUCGGUUCAAAAAGAGAGAGAGAUAA